AUGCAGGCCGAUCUUAGUCCCGCAGGGGCUGCACACGAUGGCGACCAGGCCGGCGGUCGCGGAUUCAGCUCUUGGUGGCUGCACGACCCCACGUUCGUGGACGUGCGCCCCACGCCGCCACCCCGACGACGACGAGGCGCCGUGCUGCCUGGAUGGUGGGUGGCGCUGCCGCACGGCCAGGGUGACGAUGACGACGACCCGCAAGGUGCGGCCCAAGGGGUGUCGGCGCAGUUCGGAGGGGCAACGGCGGGGUAUGAGUUGGCGCACGGGCUGCCGGAGUGGUGGAUUCACGACGACGACGACGAGGACGCCGCUGCAGAUUCCAGCGGUAGGGACGAUGGUGACGCCGUGGAAUGCGGCGUGUGCGAAGAGAGCGGCAGGUUGGACGAGGGAUCGGGGGAGUUCGUGGAGUGGGAGGCGAGGGCGGGCGGCGGUGCACGCGCGGUGGAUGAUCUGGAACGACGGGCGGACGGUAGAGGAGCCAUGGUGGUCGAGGAGGCGGAGCAAGAGAACGGCAGCAACGCGGUGGUGGCUUGCGGUGAGGCAAGGGAUGCGGCGGCGUUCCCGUCGUGGCACGAUAAGGGCAGCGUUGGCGAGGAUGGCGGGGAGGCAAGACACGCAGGGGGAUGGGCGCAGCAGUUCCAGCAGCAGGACGUGGUGAUGGCGCGCGGCGAUCGGGAGGUGCCCUGCGCGCGGCUCCCGGACAUGCACGCGCGCGCGCUGGACUCCGCGCAGGAGCAGUGGGGCGGAGGAACGUCGAGGGGAUGGCGGGGGGUGGAACAUGGGGUAGGGGCAGGGAUGGAGAUGCGGCAGGAGCAGGAGACGGGGAGAGAGCAGGAAUUAGGUGUAGCGCUGGAUGCGGCGAGGGACAGGCAGGGGAUGCGUACUAUGGAGGGUGAAGGGGGAGGGCACUGGUGGAAGCGGCAACGGCAGCAGGGGCAGGCGAGUGGCGUGGAAGAUGAGCUUGCGCUGGGCAGUCAGCGGUGGCAGCAGCAGCAGCAGCAGCAGCAGCAGCAGCAGGAGGAGGAGGACGCAGAGAGAGAGCAGCGGCAGCAGCAGGCGAGGCGAUUGAGCGAGCAGAGGGGAAGGCUGAGAAACUGCGUGCUGGAAGAGCCACAGGCAGAGCGGCAGGGCGGUGAGGAGGGCGGCACAAUGCACAAUGGGGGCGGUAACAACGUGUUGCUGCCGUCGUGGUGGGUGUCCAUGCCGCCGCACCAAGACGACUCCACCGCGCCCAUCCAUCACCCGUCCGCCAUGGCUACUUCAUCUCAUCUUCUCGCCUCUGCCCCCCUGUCUCGUCUCGGAACCUCCCUGCUUCCCGCGAGCCGUUCGAUCGCCACAACCGCUCCUCGCCGCAUUGCACCACGCGCGCCCGUUGUCGCAGCCGCCGACUCGUCAUCGAGCGCGCAGCACGUCGCGGCGGCGCCCCCCCAGGCCGACCGGCGGUCGCUUCUGCUGGCGGGGCUGGCCCUCGCGUGCGGCGCGACUACGGCGGCGGGCGAGGCGAGGGCGGCGAGCUGCGAGCUGACGGCGACGCCGUCGGGGCUGCAGUUCUGCGACAGCGCCGUGGGCGACGGCGUGGAGGCCGCCGCUGGCAUGCUCAUCAAGGCGCACUACAACGGCACGCUGCUGGACGGCACCGUCUUCGACAACAGCUACCGCCGCGGCCGCCCUCUCGUCUUCCGCGUCGGCGCCGGCGAGGUGAUCAGGGGGUGGGACCUGGGCAUCGUGGGCGGGGAAGGCAUUCCCCCCAUGCGCGUCGGGGGCAAGCGCACGCUGCGCAUCCCGGCAUCACUGGCGUACGGUGCAAGAGGUGCCGGGUGCCGAGGAGGGUCGUGCAUCAUCCCCCCCAACUCCGAGCUGCUCUUUGAUGUCGAGUUCGUUGCCAAGGCGUAG